GGCGCGGGGGGCGCCGCCCUGCCCGUCCACGGGCCGCCCAGGAGGCCGGCGGCGGCGGCGACGGCGACGACGACGACGAGGAGGAGCAGGACGAGGACGACGACGACGACGAGGCCUGUCCGGGGACGGGGGCGGCGGCCGCCGGCCCAGGGGCGCCAUGCUCGGCUCGGACGUCUGCGAACUGGGCGGCCAGCUGCUGGACUUGGUGCGGCUCACACUCUGCGCCAGAGGCUUCAUGGCCGGCAAGGAGGGGGUGCGAGCGGCCCUGGAGGAGGAGGAGGGGGACGAGGUGGAGCUGGGCUACCAGGCCCCCGAGAAGAAGAGCCUUCAGGAGAUUCAGCAGCUAGACAAGGACGAUGAGAGCCUCGCCAAGUAUAAGCAAGCGCUGCUGGGACCCGUGCCCGAGGUCAUCGACCCCAGCCUGCCCGGUGUGCAGGUGAUCCGUCUGACCCUGGUGUGCGAAGAGGCCCCUGGCCCCAUCACCAUGGACCUGGCAGGCGACCUGGAGGCUCUGAAGAACCAGGCUUUUGUGCUGAAGGAGGGGGUGGAUUACAGAGUGAAGAUUUCCUUCAAGGUGAACAAAGAGAUCGUCUGCGGCCUGAAAUAUCUGCACCACACGUACCGCAAGGGACUGCGUGUGGACAAGGCGGUGUACAUGGUGGGCAGCUAUGGGCCGCGGGCGGAGGAGUACGAGUACCAGACCCCGCUGGAGGAGGCGCCCAGGGGGGUGUUGGUCCGGGGCCACUAUCGCAUCAAAUCCUUCUUCACCGACGACGACAAGACGGACCACCUCUCCUGGGAGUGGCUCCUCCACAUAAAGAAGGACUGGAAAGACUAACCCCGUCCCCUCCCACCCCCCUCGCCCACCCCCGUGCCCCGGAGCGGGAGGGGUCCUGCUGGGGGCGGGGGCGCCCACUCCGCUGGCCUGUGCUCGGGCAGGGAGUGAGGUGGCGUGAGGGAGCUCCCCCCCCGCCGCCCACCCCGCUCUCUGCCCAGACCCCGCGGGGGCCAAUGUGGAGAGGGGGCCCUCACGCCCCUUGUGCUGCCCAGUUAUGCAAACCCUGUCUUCUGUGUCCCGGCCAGAGCCGGCCCGAGGGACCGGCCGGUGCCCCCGCCCACUCCCUCCUGCUGCCCGGUGCCCAACGGCCCGUGGCACCCGGUGUGGCGCGGUUGGGGGGAAGGCCCUCCCCCGCUCCCACAGCCCAUUUCCUCUGUACCAAAGUUCCUUUGAGUUGCCUUGUGUGGUUUCUGUCAGGCCCCAGUCCCUUCUCGUCCGCUGUUGCCCAGCUGGCAGGCCGGGGGGUGGGGACCGGACCCGGCGGUGCUGUGUGCGAAUGCCAUGGGGGUGUGGGUUGUCGGGGCCCAGCUUCGGGGCACCGCGUUUCUCCCCCCACCUCCCUCCCCUCACCCACCCGCUGCCCCCCACCCACCCCAUCACCGCGCCU